AUGACUGGAGGUGGGGGGCCUACUGCUGAUCUUCCUAUGCCAGUGGACGAAAAUGGACGCUUCUUCUUGGGAGAUUACACAACCUUUUCCUUCUCCAUAUUCUUUGGCAAGGAGUGCCCCUCAGAUUUAGCAGCCUCCCUGCUGUCACUCUCUAUUCUGUCCUUGAUCUGCUUGGCCGCAGCAAAUGAGGGCUUGUGUCCCUUCUUCCCGAAAGAGGAGGUUGCGGCAAAAAUCGAGGCUAUAUUCGAUGCGCGCAGUCUGCAAAGCUCAACCAGGAGCCUUAAGGACAUUACAAUUAAACAAAUUAGAACUGGAGCAAAAAUACAGAAUAAAACGGAGUGGAAAGUGACGGUCACCAAUACAUGGUUCUGUGCCCUUUUGCAAGUGACACUACGUUGCCCUGGAUUUGAUUCUGCUGUUAUACCCUCGUCUAGUAUAGUUUCCAAGACCGGCCCUAAGCUAUGCCUUAUUAACGAUGCAUACCCUAUUUAUGGUGGAACAGAAUUCACAUUCACUUAUGGUUCGGAUCGAAAGAUUGCAUUUGCUCCAUUUUCCUACGAUAAUGUAUGCUCUUGA